GGGCAGGCCUGAAGCAGCUGCGACGGCCGAGGGGACCCGGAGCGUGCGCCCCUGCCGCGCGCUUACGGCACAGCAGACGGCCCUUCUCUCUUUCGUGCUCAGGCUGAAAGACUCCGGAGGAUGCUUGGAAAGGAGGAGGAUGAACAUGUUAAGAGACCAAACCACACGUCGGCGGAUGCCUUAAGUGAUGGCUUCGUACUAGACAAAGAUGACAGGCGUUUGCUUUCUUACAAAGAUGGCAGGAUGAACGUCGAGGAAGAGCCAAGCGGGGAAGCCAGUAGCAGUGAGAGCGAAGAGGAAGAGGGCCAAGGCUUGAGCGAGGGGGACCCGGAGGAGAGCGAUGGCCCGAACGGCCCCUUGGGCCUGGAGUCGGCCGUGGAGCGCGAGCUCGGCGGCGAGAGGGCCCAGGGGGAGCGGCGUCCGGGCCCUGGGGGGCGAUCGACGGCCGAUGACCGCGAGGCUGCCAGGGCCGAGCUGCCCUAUACGUUCACAGCUCCCGAAUCCUACGAGGAAUUGAAGUCUUUAUUAUCGGGAAGAUCGAUCGAAGAGCAGCUUUUGGUUGUGGAGAGAAUUCAGAAAUGCAACCAUCCAAGUCUCGCAGUGGGAAACAAAGCAAAACUAGAAAAACUGUUCGGCUUCCUUUUGCAAUACGUCGGAGAUUUGGCUACAAGCGAUCCACCAGACCUCGGCGGAAUCGAUAAGUUGGUUGUGCAGUUGUAUAACCUUUGCCAGAUGUUUCCUGAAGCUGCAAGCAGCGCCAUGAAAUUUGUCCUCCGAGAUGCCAUGCACGACAUUGAAGGAAUGGUUGAGACCACAGGCCGGGCGGCCUUCCCGGGCCUGGACGUGCUCAUUUACUUGAAAAUUGCUGGGAUACUGUUUCCAACCUCUGACUUCCGGCACCCAGUGGUCACGCCUGCGCUGUUGUGUCUGAGCCAGCUGCUAACCAAGUGUCCCGUCCAGUCCCUCCAAGACGUGGUGAAGGGGCUCUUCGUGUGCUGCGUGUUCCUGGACUGCGUGUCUCUGUCCCAGAGGUUCAUACCUGAGCUUAUCAAUUUUCUUGUUGGGAUUCUUUACGUCGCAACUCCCAACAAGCAGAGCCAAGGUUACACUCUGGUGCACCCUUUCAGAGCACUUGGGAAGAACUCGGAGUUGCUCUUGGUUUCUGAUGAGGAGGCCAUGGCCACGUGGCACAGGAGAAGCCUCCCCCUCCAGUGGGCAGGAAGACCGAAAGCCCAGACUGAGACAGAGGCCAACCACACCAGGCUGUCCUGCCUGGCCGUGUGUCUGGCUCUGGUGCAGCGCUGUGUGACCGCCUAUGGCGCCCUGCCCUCCUUCCACGACAUCGUGCGGCCCCUGCGAGCCCUCCUGAUGGAGCACCUGGCUGCCCGCAGCUGCCCGCCCGAGCUCCAGGAGCUGAGUCGGAGCAUUCUGACGGAUAUGGAAAAGCAGCCGAAGCACUAUCGGCCGCUGGUCUGUGAGAAGAGCAAGCCGGUGCCGCUGAAACUGUUCACCCCCCGGCUGGUCAAAGUCCUCGAGUUUGGGAAGAAGCAGGGCUGCACCAAGGAGGAGCAGGAAAGGAAGAGGCUGAUCCACAAGCACAAGCGAGAAUUUAAAGGUGCCGUCCGGGAGAUCCGCAAGGACAACCAGUUCCUGGCUCGGAUGCAGCUCUCAGAGAUCAUGGAACGGGAUGCGGAAAGAAAACGAAAAGUGAAGCAGCUUUUUAACAGCCUGGCCACACAGGAAGGUGAAUGGAAGGCCCUGAAGAGGAAGAAGUUCAAAAAAUAAAUUAUGUUUUAUAAAUCAGACAAGGAGAUGCUGUAUAAUGAAUGCCAUAAGGGAUGCUGUAACGUCAGUUUUUUUCCUGUACUUCGCUUCAUGUUAAAACGCCUCUCCUAACAUAUUGCACUUUUGGGAA